AUGGCAUCCCAGCGGAUUCACCUCAUCGGACUUGGAAGCAUCGGGACCCUUAUCGCUCACUCGCUUCGCUCCCUCCCCGCGCCCCCGCCUAUGACCCUUCUGCUCCAUCGCGAGUCGGCAUACCACGGCUUUCUCUCUGCGGGGAGCAAGCUGCGUCUCCAAAUUGGAGAAGACGGACCAACACAAGAGAGUACCGGGUACGACGCCGAACUCUUGCAGGGUGAAUCGCCCAUCCAUCACCUAGUUGUAGCGGUCAAGGCGAGCGCAACCAUCCCUGCUCUCCGAUCGAUCCAGCACCGGCUCGGACGGCAUUCCGUUAUCUGUCUCUUCCAAAAUGGCCUAGGGCAGAUCGAAGAGCUCAAUGAGCGCCUAUUCACAGACCCGCUGACACGACCGACAUACAUGUUUGGCAUUAUGCGCCAUGGGGUCUACAUAAAAGCGCCGUUUGAAGCCGUGCUGGCGGGGCUGACCGGAUCAUGUGCUCUGGGGAUCGUCAACGAUGGCCAGCAGGCAUCCUCAUUAUCAUCUCCAUCAACAGCAUCCGCCCAAUCUCGAUUUCUCAUCGACCGGCUGGUCGAAGCACCGAUCGUCCGAUGUUCCGAAAUGCCGUGGAUGGAGCUCCACCAGGCCCAGCUGUUGAAACUGGCGACCAACUGUGUGGUCAAUCCAUUGACGGCACUGCUGGAUGUGCGGAACGGCUCGCUGUUAGCUAACCCCGAGCUGCAGGAGAUGCAACAUCAGCUUCUCCAGGAGAUCUCGCUGGUGUUCCGUCGUCUUCCGGAACUUCAGGGUCUACCCGACGUGCAGGAACAAUUUUCCGUAGCCAGACUUGAGGAGCAAUUGAUCGGGAACAUUGAGAAGACGGCCAGUAAUUCCAGCAGUAUGCGGGAGGAUGUGCGAGCAGGUCGAGCCACGGAGAUUGCGUUCAUCAAUGGAUGGAUAGUGCGACGGGGCCAGCAACUGGGGCUGGAAUGUCCUACAAAUCGGUGCCUGACCCAGCUAAUCCUGACUAAGACUAGCCAAGGACGCUAA